GCUUUACAAGUAAGAUUACUUGUCAAAGGGAAACCUGUCCCAGUCUGCUUAACCUCUAAGCAAAAAGCUGUGGUGUUGCUGUGCCAACUCUCACUUACUGACACCCAACCCACAGCUCACAAAUAACAACGUGUCACCGACACAUUCUUGUCGGCGAUGCACGCAAGCGACGGUCCCCCAAACCUAACUUCACCACCUGUCCUCAUCUGUCUUCUUUCUUCUUUCUUCUUCUUCUUCUUCUGCUUCUUCUUCAUGUUAAGAUCCCCUUUGACAAAAACAAAUAUUGGUACGUAAAAAAUAUGUCUAAAGAUAGCUAUGCAUAAAGCGAAAUAUUCAAUACCUAACCCUCGUUUUGGGAUUCCUUCAUUUUCUCUUCACCGUCAGCUUUUUAUUCUAUUCACGUUUCUCCAGCAUUACACACCUUUCUCUUGUUGAACCUUUAGCUGUCUCUCGUUCUUAGUUUCUUGAUCAUUAAUUUAGUUACGUACAACACAAACCCAUUAAUUAAAAUUUAAUUCGAUCCUCCCACAUAUAAUACCAAUCUUCCUUGUGUACUUGAAUCUUUUUGUUGUUGAGGCAGCGAGAAAUAAUGGCGCCCCGUCUAUUCUCCUGCUUUGGCAAGUGCAACUCCUCCUCAUCUUCCUCUUCCACGUCGAUGCAUGGGAAAGGGAAAAGCAACGUGACCGUGGAUGCAUCAGCGGAGGAGCAACGCCGCGGCGGGGCUGUCCUUGUCGAGUUGUUUUCCUCUCAAGGGUGUGUUACGUCGCCGGAGGCUGAGUUGUUGGUUUCAAGGCUAGGGAGAGGGGACUUCGCCCUUGAAACACCUGUGAUUGUGUUGGGAUUUCAUGUUGAUUAUUGGGAUUAUAUGGGGUGGAAAGACCCUUUUGGUUCCAGCCAGUGGACAGUUAGGCAAAAGGCUUAUGUUGAAGCGUUGAAGCUUGACACAAUGUUUACACCGCAAGUGGUUGUUCAGGGCAGGGCUCAAUGUGUAGGCAAUGAGGAGGAGUCUCUUUUGUCUUCCAUCAUGAAUGCUCCCAAAUUUCCUUCUCCCACUUUUCAGGCAACCUUCCAAAGGCCAACAUCAGAAUCCUUGCAAGUGAGUCUAUCCGGAGCAUUAAGAACAAAAGUUGACAGCAAUGGUGCUAACGUAAUGGCAGCUCUCUAUGAGAGUGGAUUGCUGACUGACUGCUCCAAAGGAGAAAACAAAGGUCGUGUCCUGUCUAAUGACUACGUUGUCCGAAAGCUUGAAAAGCUCGCCACUGUCAAAGACGUUUCUGCCAAGAAGACAGUAUCAGGAACUGUUAAUUUUUCUCUCUGGGAAGGAUUCAAUAGCUCCAAAUGUGGUAUUGUUGUCUUUGUUCAAGACAACUCCCAUCAAAUUUUUGGUUCUCAGAAUUUUCAGUUGCCAGAUAACAUAUGAAUAAUACUCGGUUUCGAAUUGAGCACUAUUUUUAUAUUUUCUGGCUACCCUUUUAGGCCCUUUAUGUACAGGAUGUGUUAGAUUUAAUUCUUCUUUUCUUCUUUUCUUCUUUCCUUUUUUUUUUUUUUUACCUUCUCUUAUUCAUGGAUGAUAGAAAUUGGUGAGAGAGACAUGUUAUACGUAUCAUGAUAUGAUGAAUUUCUUCCAGAUUGCGAGUGAAUUUUCAUUCUUGAUUUCUUUA